AUGCAUAUCGAUGCACCAUGCGAACUUAAAGAAAGACUAUCUUAUAUAGAUGCUAUGAAAGCUGUCAUUGAUAACGAAUGCCAUGCAGGUUGUCCAUAUCAAUUAAAAAAAAAUCCAAAUUUAGGGGAAACAAAAUUAAAAUUCAGGUGCAGUGCAGAUAAAUGUGAAGCAUGUAUCUCAUUUCUAAAGGAUGAUGAAGAAUAUAUCCUAACAGAAUAUAAUGGAACACAUAAUCACAAUCAAAUCAAAGAUGAGACAAAGAAAUACCACACAUUAUCACAAUGCUAUCGUCGGGUACUUAUUAAUUUUAUAAAACAGGGGGGUGAUCCGAAAAUGGCUCAAAUUGAAUGCGACAAAAAACUUGAUCUGGAUGAUCCACUUAACAGGCCAUCUUUUUUGAAUGCAUCUUCAGAUCAAAUGAAAACAAUUCAGGAAAAAGGAAAUAAAAAGAUCAAAGGUAUUCAAAAGUACGAUGAUAAUCAAUUCAAGUCAACUCAAUUAUUUAAGGGUAUCAAAGAACAAGAGUCACCAAAAGAUUUAAUUUAUUUCGAUGUCGAUAAUUACAACAAACCAAAGAAAUUAAUCUUUUAUUAUGCUUCUUUCAAAUUUCUGGACAUAAUCAAAAUU